CUCGACCUCGAUACGCUUGACAAUGUGGAGGAGUCAUCCUACCACGUUGGUUAUGACGACGGACAUCAUCACGGCGUCUUGCACGGCAAAUUCGAGGGUCGAUCGAUCGGUCGCACAAAGGGCUUUGAGCUGUGGGAAGAAGUCGGAUACUACGAGAGCAUGUCGCAGACGUGGCUUUCUCUUCUCGACGCGCAGACAUCGCAUCCUGCGGCUUUAUCGAGAAAGCAGCAAAAGCAGCGUCAGCAGCUCGUCAACCUCCUAUCGCUCAUAGCCUCAUUUCCCAUGGCCAACACGGCCUCGAGCGCGGUCGCGCUCGGGCAAGAAGGCAGCUUGGGCGCCUUGCAGAGCCACACGCCACCUCACAAAGCUGCUCAAUCGGGGCUGAUCGCCAAAGCUCAAGACGAGGGCGAGGAUGUGGACGCUCAGCUCGACAUCCUUGACCACCUCGAACGAAUCAGAGCGCGAUACAAAUCGCUUUGCAGUGUUCUCGGCGUUCGUCAGCGCAUUCGCGCUGCUGAUGCUGAGCACGAGAAAGCUAGUGACGGCGAUGGCAUUCUUUCGGGGGCGAGAAUGGCAUUCGUCAAGGGUCGCGCGUUCAAUCCUGAACAUCUGGCUUUUUGA